UCGCGCCAUGGCAGCAAGUUCGAGUGAUGAGAGAAUGGGCACGUGAAGAUGACUGGGCGUUUGUAUGGACGAUGAUGGCGUCGCAUUGUAUGGAGACCGAGCGCGGUAAUAAACUUGUGAAUUGCACUCGUACAUCCUUGACCAGUAAAGAUGACAACAUCAUGAUCUCCAGUGCCGUGCAGACGCGCAUGCACAGCGUUGCCAAUGAUCUGACGGGAUUCUUCUCGAAACGAAGUGGUUUGAAGACCAGUCACUGAAGUGGUUGUGUGGGUGUUGCCAUAAGUUGGCAUAACUUCGUUUCGCAUGAAAGUUUCGAUGCUUUCGAUGGCCUUGCCACUCGCUGUGAAGUCGGCGUAGCACUGAGCUUUGGUCCCAAAUGGUGUUUCAAAAGGAACGUUACGACCAAUUAUAUUAUCGGCAAUGUCAUGAAGCAACUGCAGGUCGAGCUCAUCCUCAUCGAUCACGAAGUGAGCAUCAUCGCCAGUGAUCGACGACUCGUCAGUGGCAACCGAAGAUCGUGCAGUCAUGCGAUGAUCAAGAUUUGAAGCGAUGUCUACAUCAAUGUUGGUCAGCAUGACAUUAUUGACGCUUUUGGAGGUAGACAAAGCCACUAAGUUUGUUUCAUGCCAAUCUCUUGUUUGAUGAUCAAUACGUUUGACCUCAAAUUCCACUAACGACUGAUCAGUCUGCGUUAAAGGAUCAGCCGAACAACGAUAUGACAGGUUCUGAUCUUUUAUAUCUUGAGUGGACAACGACAACAUGUUGCGACGUGAAGGCAUAUUUUCAUCAAAACUCUGGCGCGACGUGGAACUUAAAAGAGAAAGUGAGAAAGAGAGAAGACCCACCUAAUGUCAAGCGUCUCACGUUCAGCGAGUCUUGUCGAAAAUUGCAAUAACACAUCAAAUAGACGAGGUAACCAGAUUGUUGAAGUCCAGAGAUUGUGACACAGGCACGCCAUUACCGGGAGCAAAUGACAGAAAGCGUGAUGAGCCACAAAUUCACGUUAAAGGCACAAGAGAUGAAAGUGGAAUGUAUAUAACCGUUGAAGCCUUUAGCGCUAUAAUAGAAGAGCGAUGGGUAUCCGAAGUUAAAUAGAUGAAAAACAAACAUGCAUUGUAUGAAACUUUGAACACUGAAGACAAAUUCUAGUCAAAAUCCGCUUACGUUCGCUUGUUGUGGCCUCUUUGACCGCAAUAGCUUGCCUAUACUGCGCGUCUGUGUCACCAUUGCUGUGGG